AUGGCCAGCCCUGGGGAGGCCCUGGAGGAGGCGGAGGAGGGGGAGCCGGAGGCAGGCUCCGCGGGGCCCUGGGCCUCCAUGCUGGCGCAGGCCCAGGAGCUGUUCCUGCUGUGUGACAAGGAGGCCAAGGGCUUCAUCACCUGCCACGACCUGCAGGGCCUGCACAGCGACCUGCUCCUCACGCCCGAGCAGCUGGAGGCUGUGUUCGAAAGCCUGGACCAGGCCGGCGCGGGCUUCCUCACCGCCCGGGAGUUCUGCCUCGGCCUGGGGAGGUUUGUGGGGGCAGAGCCGGCCCAGGGCACACAGCCCUCUGGGGCUGCGGAGGAGACCUUUGAGUCGGGCUGGUCUGAGGGGCCAGGCCCCGGGGGCUCCCUGGAAGAGGAGGAGGAGGAAGAGGAGAGGUUCCUCUCGGCGCUGGAGCAGCUGGGGGUGGCCCGGGUCCUGAGCGAGCAGCGGGCGGUGCGGCUGCUCUGGACCCGGCUGCAGCGCGAGCGCCCCGAGCUGCUGGGACACUUGGAGGAGGUCCUGAUGGGCGCGUCCGCCUGCCUGGAGGAGGCGGCCCGGGAGCGAGCCGGCCUGGAGCUGGCGCUGCGGCGGCGGGAGAGCGAGCACGAGAGGGAGGUGCGGUGUCUGUACGAGGAGACCGAGCAGCAGCUCCGGCAGCAGCGCCAGCGCCUGCGGAGCCAGGACCUUCCCCGGGAGGAGCGGAGAGGCCGCCUGGAGCUGGAGCUGCAGAGCCGCGAGCAGGAGCUGGAGCGCGCGGGCCUGCGGCAGCGGGAGCUGGAGCAGCAGCUGCAGAGCCGGGCCGCGGAGCAGCUGGAGGCGCAGGCGCAGAACGCGCAGCUGUGGCUGGCCAACGAGGCGCUGCGGGCGCAGCUGGAGGCGGCGCAGGAGCAGCUCGGCCGGCUGGAGGGCGAAGCGCUGGGCCGCCAGGAGCGGACCUUACGGGACGUGGUCGCCGUCUCCAGGAACAUGCAGAAGGAGAAGCUCAGCCUCGUGCGGCAGCUGGCGCUCCUCAGGGAGCUGAACACGCGGCUGCGAGACGAGAGGGACGCCUGCGAGGCCAAGCAGCUGGGCAGCGGCCCCAGGACGGCGCUGGCCUCUGCCUGCCUGCCGAGACCCACCUGCUGCUGCUGCUGCUGCUGCUGCAGCAACUGGGCUCGACCCCCCAGGUGUGGCUCAGGCCCCCUCCCCAGUGCCCGGUGA